AUGGCCACUCACCUAGAAAACUGCCCAAUCAUAGGGACAACCAAUACCACUCUUCCCCCCUCUCACCCCGACAUUGAUUUCUCCCAACCAGGCCAGCGCUGCCCUAUCGUCGGCGCAACAACCGACCACCACGCCCACCUCCUCCACAAACACCCCUUAGUCCCUAUCCCAGCCGACCGCCGCCCUUCUGAUGCCUCUGCCUGCCCAGCCUUGAAGAAUCGCAUCGUCAAUUCCCCUCACGCGCGCGAGAUGGACGACAGUGUGUGUCCCAUCGUGGGCACUGCGACGACAGUUCUGCCGCUGGAUCAUCCUCAGCUAGAGGGGAAAGAGGAGGAGAAGGAGUGCCCUAUCACAAAGGCUAAGGUUGGACAUCAUAAGGGCAAGGUAACUAAUCAUCCAGAUGUGAGUCAGGCGGGGGAGGGGAGGGUCUGCCCGGUUGUGCAUGUGCAUUCCAAGAGUGAGGUCGGAGAGGAGUUGAAGAAGGAGUUGCCUGGGGCAUGA